CUGGCUCUGUCAGCCCGGCCACCUUUGCUCAGUGCUCCCGAAGAACCACCGAGGGACAGUCACAGCAAAUAAGAAGACACGGUUAUGAGAUGGCGAGGAAGCUCAGUGUGCUGGAAGUCAUCCUGAUCAUCUUCUUCCUGAUUGUGUUGGCCGUGGAUGUCUUCUUGCUCUUUCUGGUGCUGGAGAAACCGUCAGAUACUUCCUUCAUCCCACAGUGCCCAGCGAUCCCCGAAUCCGACAGGAUAGACUGCGCCCCUGGUCAGACGGCGACAGAGGAAGACUGCCGGUGGCGAUAUAAGUGCUGCUGGAAGCCGACAGCGGACCCCAAUGUCCCCAGGUGCUUCUUCCCCAGGAACUGGGGCUAUGAAGUCAGUGACGGCAGCAAGAAACAGCAAAGCACAGGGCUUACUGCCAGGUUGCAAAGGACACCGUCCCCAUCUCUCUUUGGAAAUGAUAUCAUCGAUGCCCUCUUCACAGCUGAAUAUCAGACGUCCCGCCGUCUCCGUUUUAAGAUCACGGAUCCCAAUAACGUGCGCUAUGAAGUCCCUCAUGAAAAUAUUAAGCCGUUUAAUGACACAGCUGAUGCCGCCAACUUGAGCUAUCACAUCGAGGUCACUGACAAACCCUUCAGCGUCAAAAUAAUGAGGACGAGCAACAACAAAGUCUUGUUGAACACGGACAUCGGGCCCCUCCUGUUCGCCCAGCAGUACCUGCAGCUGUCCUUCCGACUGGCCAGCGCCAACGUGUACGGGCUGGGCGAGCACGUGCACCAGCAGUACCGCCACAGCAUGGCCUGGCAGACCUGGCCCAUCUUCACCCGUGACGCCGCCCCCACCCAGGGCUUGAUGAACCUGUAUGGCGCUCACACGUUCUUCUUGUGCCUUGAAGACACCAGCGGCUCCUCUUUUGGGGUUUUUCUGAUGAACAGUAAUGCCAUGGAGGUCACCCUCCAGCCUGCUCCUGCAGUCACCUACCGCACCAUUGGGGGCAUUCUGGACUUCUAUGUGUUCCUGGGAGACACCCCGGAGCAAGUGGUUCAGGAGUACCUGGAGCUUGUUGGACGACCAUUCUUGCCUUCCUACUGGAAUCUUGGGUUCCAGCUUAGUCGCAGGGGUUAUGGUAACAUCCAGGGUUUGGAAGAAGUUGUAAACCGAACUCAGAAUGCUGGGAUCCCAUAUGACGUCCAGUACUUGGACAUAGACUACAUGGAUGGAAAGAAGGACUUCACUGUCGAUGAAAAGGCUUUCCCUGGUCUCCCAGGUUUUGCCGAGAACCUACAUAAACUUGGACUGAAAUAUGUCAUUAUCAUGAAUCCUGGCAUCUCGAAUGAUUUUGACUACUCUACCUAUACAAACGGAACCAAAAAGAGACUGUGGGUCUUGGGAGACAACGGCUUUGUCCUUGGGCAGGGAUAUCCUGGAUGGACAGUCUUUCCUGAUUAUACGAAUCCAGCUUGUACUCCGUGGUGGAUAGAAGAGUUCAGAAAAUUUCAUACAUUUCUGAAGUUUGAUGGAGUGUGGAUUGAAUUGGAUGAAGUCUCUAACUUGCUCCCAGCUUCUGACCAUAGUUGUGAAGACAACCAGUUGAACUUUCCUCCUUUCACUCCUCGAGUGCUGGACCGCUUGCUCUUCGCAAGGACCCUCUGCAUGGAUGCUGAGUUUCAGUGGGGCCUCCACUAUGACGUCCACAGCUUGUACGGCUACUCCAUGGCGAGAGCCACCGACGCGGCCCUGAAUAACAUCUCCCCUCGAAAGAGGAACUUCAUCUUAGCCCGUUCUACUUUUGCCGGAUCUGGCAAGUUUGCUGCUCAUUGGUUGGGGGACAAUGCAGCCACCUGGGAUGAUCUCCAAUGGUCCAUCCCUAGUAUCCUUGAGUUCAACCUGUUUGGCAUCCCCCUGGUAGGCGCCAAUAUCUGUGGUUAUACAAAAAAUGUCACGGAGGAGCUCUGCAGAAGGUGGAUGCAGCUUGGAGCAUUUUAUCCACUCUCGAGGAAUCACAACGGGCCUGGCUUCAAGGACCAGGAUCCUGCGGCCUUUGGAGAAGACUCUCUGCUGUUGAAAUCCUCCAGGCACUACCUGAACGUCCGCUACACCCUGCUGCCCUACCUGUACACCCUCUUCUACCGCGCUCACACCCUGGGCGAGACUGUAGCCAGGCCCCUGGUCCAUGAGUUCUACCAGGACCCAGCUACAUGGGCGGUGCACGAGCAGUUCUUAUGGGGGCCCGGGCUUCUCAUCACGCCGGUUUUAUAUGAAGGUGUGGACCAAGUGAAAGCAUACAUCCCAGAUGCCAUCUGGUACGACUAUGAGACAGGAGUAGCCACCCAGUGGAGGAAGCAAUGGGUGCAGAUGCUGCUGCCCCCUGAGAGGAUAGGACUUCACCUUCGAGGGGGCUACAUAUUUCCCACCCAGCAGCCAAGCACAACCACCGAGGCCAGUCGGAAGAAUUCCCUGGGUCUCAUUGUCGCCUUGGACCACAAGCGAGAAGCAAAGGGACAGCUGUACUGGGAUGACGGGGAAUCUGCAGAUGCUGUAACUGAAAAGAAUUACACUCUCUACGAGUUUUCUGUCACCUCCAACCGUCUACAGGCAAAGAUCACGACUAAUAAUUAUAAGGACGCCGACAACCUCAUGUUUACAGAUAUCACAAUCUUGGGAAUGGACAAGCAACCUGCUGACUUUACCCUCCUUAUGGGUGCUUCCACCCCCAUUGCAAAUGUCAGCUACAACACAUCAACGAAGGUGGUGAAGAUCACUGAUCUUAAGGGACUGGUGCUGGGACAGGAGUUCUCCAUUCAGUGGAGGCUUCCGGUCAGCGACCUGGAGAAGUUCAACUGCUACCCCGAGGAGCCCGCCGCCUCUGAGGAGAAGUGCAGUCAGCGGGGGUGCCUUUGGGAGCCCACCACUGUUCCUGGCGUGCCCACCUGUUUCUACGACACUAUCCCUAAUUAUGCUGCCAGUAACAUUCAGUAUUUGCCCACUGGCAUCAGCAUGGACCUUACGCAUCUGACGGCCUCUGAGUCCCCACGAGCAGCAGCACCGCCACCGUCACCACAGGGCGCACUCCCUCUGCGUGCAGCAGCCGCGACCUCUGACCCUCUCUCUGCAAAGAUCAGCUCCCUUAAGCUCAGCGUGACCUACCACACAGAAAGCAUGCUGCAGUUCAAGAUCUAUGACCCCACUCAUAAAAGGUACGAGGUCCCAGUGCCUCUGAACACCCCUUCCUCUCCUGUUGGCUCCCCCGAGAACCGUCUGUAUGACGUCGAGAUUCAAAGCAACCCUUUCGGGAUCCAGAUUCGACGAAAAAGCUCCCGCACUGUGAUUUGGGACUCUCAGCUCCCCGGCUUCACCUUCAACGACAAGUUCCUUUCCAUUUCUACUCGCCUCCCCUCUGAGAACAUCUAUGGCUUUGGAGAAACUGAGCACACAGCUUUCAGAAGAAACAUUAGCUGGAACACGUGGGGAAUGUUUGCUCGAGAUGAGCCACCAGGGUACAAAAAGAAUUCCUAUGGCGUCCACCCUUACUACAUGGGCCUGGAGGAGGACUGCAAAGCCCACGGAGUGCUCCUGCUCAACAGCAACGCCAUGGAUGUGACAGUCCAGCCCACGCCUGCUCUGACGUACCGCACCACGGGAGGGAUUUUGGAUUUUUAUGUGGUUUUGGGGCCAACCCCUGAGCUUGUCACCCAGCAAUACACGGAGUUGAUUGGUCGGCCGGCAAUGAUUCCAUACUGGGCCUUGGGAUUCCAGCUGAGUCGCUAUGGAUACCAGAGUGAUACUGAAAUCUCCAGUUUGUAUGACGCAAUGGUGGAGGCCCAGAUUCCCUACGAUGUUCAACAUGUAGACAUAGAUUACAUGGACCGGAAGCUGGACUUCACCCUCAGCAGCAGCUUUCAAAACCUUGGUCCCCUGAUGGAGCGAAUGAAGCAAAAUGGCAUGAGGUUCAUCCUCAUUCUGGACCCAGCCAUUUCUGGCAACGAGACCCAGUAUCUCCCAUUCACCAGAGGCCAGGAAGGCAAUGUAUUCAUCAAGUGGCCGAACAGCAGUGACAUUGUCUGGGGGAAGGUCUGGCCGGAUCUGCCCAAUGUGCAGGUGGAUACAUCCCUUGACCAUGAAACUCAGGUUAAGCGGUUCCGAGCCCACGUGGCCUUUCCUGACUUCCUGCGGAACAGCACAGCCGCGUGGUGGAAGAGGGAAAUAGGAGAGCUCUACACCAACCCCCGGGAGCCGACGAAGAGCUUGAAGUUCGAUGGACUGUGGAUCGAUAUGAACGAGCCAUCGAACUUUGUGGAUGGAUCUGUUGGGGGCUGCCGUGAUGAAAUUCUUAAUAAACCACCUUAUAUGCCAUAUUUGGAGUCCAGGGACGGCGGUCUGAGCAGCAAGACCCUGUGCAUGGAGAGCGAGCAGGUCCUGCCUGACGGCUCCCGAGUGCGGCACUACGACGUGCACAGCCUGUACGGGUGGUCCCAGACCAGACCCACAUACGAAGCUGUGCAGGAGGCCACAGGAAAGCGAGGGGUCCUCAUCACCCGCUCCACCUUCCCCUCGUCCGGCCGCUGGGGCGGACACUGGCUGGGAGACAACACGGCCGCGUGGGACCAGCUGCAGAAAUCCAUCAUCGGCAUGAUGGAGUUCAGCCUCUUCGGAAUACCUUAUGAGCGGACAUCUGUGGGUUCUUUGGAGACGCCGAAUACGAGAUGUGCGCUCGCUGGAUGCAGCUGGGGGCCUUCUACCCCUUUUCCCGGAACCACAACACCGUGGGGACGAGGAGACAAGAUCCCGUGGCCUGGAAUUCAACCUUUGCGAUGUACUCCAGAAGCGUCCUGCAGACCAGAUACACCCUGCUGCCCUACCUCUACACCCUGAUGCACAAAGCCCACGUGGAGGGCAGCACGGUUGUGCGCCCCCUACUGCACGAGUUCAGCGAGGACAGCAGAACGUGGGACAUAGACCGUCAGUUCAUGCUGGGCCCUGCCAUCUUAGUCAGCCCUGUGCUGCA